AUGUCAGAAGUGAAGCGUACGACCGAAGGCAAUAAAUUUCUUGUUGAAUAUCUGGACUCGCCUGCUGAUGUAUCGACCGAGUAUUACAAGAAUGUACAUAGAGUCGUUAAACUACAAAAUGGUUUAACAGUUUUGUUAAUAUCUGGAUUGGAAAAAUUGAAUUAUGAAGAUAUGAGUUAUAAAGAUUAUGAAGAAGGUAGUUCUACAGUUAAACAACUUAACAGUGAUAUACGGAAGGCAUUUUGUGGCUUAUGUGUGCAAGUAGGCAGUUUUAACGAUCCACCGGAAGUUCCUGGCCUGGCACAUUUGCUUCAGCGCAUGGUUUUCAUGGGAUCCGAAAAAUAUCCAAAAGAAAACGGUUUUAAUGAAUUUAUCAGUCGCCAUGGUGGUACUAUUGAUGGCGCAACGGAUUGCGAGCAUACAAGAUUUUACUUUGAUAUUUCAGAGAAACACUUAUUGCCAGCUUUCGAUCGUUUUGUUCAAUUUUUCAUUGGACCUUUAAUGAAGAGAGAUGCCAUCACGCGGGAGCGAGAAGUUAUACAAAGGGAGUUUCAGUGGGAUUCAUCUAGUGACAAAAACAGAAAGGAACAAUUAUUAUCUUUUCUUGCUCGAACUGGUCAUCCACCCAGUAAGUUUCUUCGGAGCAAUUUAACAACAUUACACAAUGAUAUAGAUGAUGACAAGUUGUACGAAGAGUUGCACAAAUUCAGAAAGUGCCAUUAUAGCGCUCACAGAAUGAUGCUAGCUAUACAGGCGAGCUUAUCGCUAGAUACAUUGCAACUAUUAGUCACAAAUUUUUUUAGUGAUAUACCAAGUAAUUGGCUGUCUUCCGAUGACUUUACUGAAUUUAAAGACGGCGUUUCUUUUAAUACUGACAUUUUCCAAAAACUGUAUAAAGUUAAAACCAUCAAAAGUAUCAGCCAAUUACAUGUAACAUGGGCUUUGCCUUCAAUUAAUUCGUACAGAAGUAAACUAUAUAAAUAUAUUUCAUGGAUUUUUGAGCAUAAAGGAAAUGGAUCUUUAACUGGUUAUCUACGUAAAAAAAUGUGGAUCUUUGAUUUGUUCUGUGGUAUCUGUGAUAACGAUAAUGGUUUCGGAUACAACUCUAUGUAUGUUUUAUUCGAGAUUGUAGUAGAACUCUCCCAUGAAGGAGAACAGAAUCUGAAAGAUAUUCUAGAUGCAAUCUUCUCCUUUAUCAAUUUAGUAAGAAAGGCGGGACCACAAGAAAGGAUUUAUGAUGAAAUUUAUAAGUUUGAAGAAAUUAAUUUUAGGUAAAUUAAUUUAGGCUUUUAUAGAUUUUUUAUUACGCACGAUGAUGUAUUUGAUCUAUGUAAAGAUAUGCAUUUCUAUCCGUCGCGUGAUUAUAUAACUGGAAAGCAUAUUUAUUUCGAAUAUAACCCAGAAGCUAUACAAAACUGUUUGGAUCUUAUGGUGCCAGAGACGGCGAAUAUUAUGAUUUUCAACAAUGAUUUAGAAUUAAAUAUAGUCGAGUCACGUUUGAAAAUUAAUUAUACAGAUUUUGAGUUACGACAGGAAUGGAUCGAACGCUGGAAAUCUAUCGAGCCAUUGUCAGAUUUUCAUUUACCAUUACGCAAUGAAUUGUCUACCAACUAUUUCACUUUAAUACCAGUCUCAGCAGAAGUUUCGAAAUAUCCUAUAACAAUAUACAAUGAUCAUAUGUCACAGAUCUGGUAUCAUCCAAAGUUUUAUUGGCCGAUGUGUCAUAUAAAUUUUAAUUUUAUUUCUCCUCUGAUGCUCCAAACACCAAAAACUGCAGCUCUACUGCAAAUGUACUGCAAUGUAAUAAAAUUUCUAUUGCUCGAGGGAUUCUAUCCAGCUGUGAUGAAUGGGUUUGAUUAUAACAUCGAUGUCAAUGAAGAAGCUACAGGUAUUACAAUACAAACGAGCUGGUUUCGCGAAUCACUGCCAAACAUAUUGAUGGAUAUUGCAGAAUGUAUAAAUGCUCUAGUCUAUGUUUCGCAGGACUUGUUUAAAAUUAUUAAAAUUCAACAAUUCAUGGCAUAUUACAACAAAUUUAUAGAACCUGAGGAACUCAUCGACGAUGUGAUAUUAUGGAUACUAAAGUGCCGCUACAGUACAUACAUUCAGAAGUACAAUGUUCUACGUAGUAUUAAACUUGAAAACUUCCGAGACUUUGCAAAGUUUUUCACCGAUAAUCUGUACAUCCAGUGCCUUGUUCAAGGCAACAUAACGAAAGACUUUACGAUCAAUAUUAUACAACGAUUUAUCAAAAAUAUUAAUUGCGGUUCCUUGAAUAAUACGAUAUGGCCUAGUGGAAUCACUGAGAUAUCCAGAGGCACAUCUUAUUGCAAGUUGAAAAAUAUUAACCGAACUGAUGUAAACUCGAUAGUGACAAAUUAUUAUCAAGUCGGUAUUGCUUCAAAUGAAUUAUCGAUGUUAAUCGAGUUGAUGCUCAUGAUAAUGAAAGAACCGUUAAUGAAUCAGCUACGAACCCAAAAACAGUUUAAUUAUGUUUCGUGCAACUUUAGAGAUAUCAACGGAAUGUUAGGAUAUUCUAUUACUGUUUACACUCAGGCAGAUAAGUUCACAACCGAAUCCGUUGACCAACAGAUCGAGGAAUUUCUGAAUUCGUUUAAAAUCGUGUUGGAACAGUUCUCAGAAAAGGAAUUAGAUGAUGUCAAAGAAGGUCUGAGAAUUUUAAAGCAACAUAACGAUUCCAAGAGUCUGAAAAACGAAAUUAAGAGGAACUGGAGUGAGAUCAUGAAGCAGCAAUACAUGUUUGACAGAUGUGAAAAAGAAGCGCUUGCACUAGAGAACAUAAAUAUCAAUAAGCUGAGAGAAUGGUUUGGAAGGCACAGACAGAACGGAAAUAGUUUCAGAAAAUUGAGCGUACAUGUGGUAGGAACUGAUUCGAAGGAAACUGCAGUCAAUGCAGAGAAUCGUAGGCAUAGGGUGUACUCUCUUAAGGAAUAUAUAAUUGUAGCACAAAAGUGCUACAGAUCUUCAUAUUACUAACGUAUAUGAUUACAAAACCCUUUAUAUCGUCUAACCAUAUAAUAAAUGAGGAGAUUAAUCCUGUCAUCCUUAAAGCGCUUAGUAAAUUAUACUUACUUGACAAAAUGGUGCAAUGACGAUA